GAGACUUUAUUAUUCCAUUUUUACCCCUUGUUAUGCAGAAAACUACUCGUACCCUCCGAAUAAGAAUCCCGCAGUAUGAGGGUUAAUUUCGUCAAUGAGCUGUGCCAGUCCAUCAAUUCUUCGAAUUAAUACGUUAAAAUUAAGAACCCUAAACGACCCGUCAGUUCUUCUUCGAUACACAAAAUUCAUCCAAAUAACGGCUUCUCGGAUUGCAAUUUGUUGCAUUUGCAGUCAUGAGCACCGGAGAUUUUCUCAACCUUCAUCCUUCUGAACUCAAAUUUCCAUUUGAGUUGAAGAAGCAGAGCUCAUGUUCCUUGCAAUUGACCAACAAGACUGAUCAAUAUAUUGCCUUCAAGGUUAAAACGACCAACCCCAAAAAGUAUUGUGUUCGCCCAAACACUGGAAUCGUUUUACCGAGAUCAGUUUGCAAUGUCACAGUUACAAUGCAAGCACAGAAAGAGAUACCAUCUGACAUGCAGUCCAAAGACAAGUUUCUUCUGCAGGCUGUUAUUGCACCUAAUGGGGCAACUAACAAGGACAUAACUGCUGACAUGUUCAACAAGGAGGAGAAAAAGGUUGUUGAGGAGUUCAAAUUGAGGGUUGUAUACAUUCCUGCUAAUCCUCCCUCACCUGUCCCAGAGGAAUCUGAAGAAGGUUCUUCUCCGAGGGCUGAGGAUGGUAGUCACAAUUCUUCGUGGCCUGAUGUCGCAACAAAAUCCGUGGAGCCCAAGGAGAAGCUCUCUUCUGAGUCGUGGUCUUUGAUAUCGAAGUUGACUGAUGAGAAAGUAGCUGCUGAUAAACAAAACCAGAAGCUCCAACACGAACUGGAAUUGCUGAGAAAAGAAGCAGUGAAAAGCCGUUCGAGUGGUUUUCCGAUAUUAUAUCUGGUGUUGGUGGGUAUAAUAAGUUUUGUGGUUGGGUACCUUAUCAAGCAGACGUAGAAGCAGAAGCAGCAGCAGCAGUGGAAUUGUGGAUUUGUGAUUCAAUUUUAGUUGCAAAUUUUCAUGGUUUUGCUUUGCUUUAAAGAUUGUUUAUUUUAGUCUUGUUGUAAGUUUAAAAACGGAUCCCGUACAGAGUAUGAUUCCGUAAGUUUGAACUCGGAUUCGUUAAGAUUCUGGUUCCGGUACGAUUAUUACCAUCCAAUGGAACAUUUUAUUUUUUAAAGCUUA